UAGCUUCUUUAAAGACCUUUUCCUCAUCCGCGCAACGCCCCUUUUUUGUCAGACUUUUUCUAGCUCUUACAUUGAGAUGUCGUCGCAAAAUUUCUCUCGCGGUUCGAGGAACCCACGUGCCGAACACGUUCGCGUCGACUGGUUAACAAACGGGCGAUUUCGUGAUGCAGAUAGUUGGAACAAUUCUCGCGUAUUUUUUGAUCCCAACGCUGAUCGUUUUGUUCCAAAUGGCACAGAGAGAUUUGAUCGCCCCGUCUUUCGUGAAAGAUCACCCUUGAGACGCCCACGUUACGAAGAUCCGUACGUCCAUUAUUUAGACGAGGGCGAAAUUGGAGGCCAACCGGCAGUUCAAGAUUCUUACGUUCGUGAUCAAGCCGUUUAUCCGUACGGCGCUUAUUUCGAGUGUGAACACGAUCCCCGGUCUUACCCGACCCAUAGUGAAUUCGAACCGGAGGAUGAGUACUAUAGUGAUCAAAGAGAAGACGAAUGGGCAGAGUACGAAGACGACGGUGUGGAGAUUGAUCGUGGUCGCCCUUGGCGGCCGCAGAAUAGCGUUCGUUUUGUCACAGAAGAUCCGCCGUUACCCGCCGAGAAAAGAGGGGCAGUUAGCGGGUUACCGACCGUUUCAGAUGGGGGUCAAGCAAAAGCAGGCGACGCAGGUCCGUCUGGCGCUGGUAGGAAUGCGGACUCUAGACAAGAAAUAGCAGGCCCUUCCUGUUCAAAUACGGUCCCAACACCCUCGGCAACUAGUGAACAGAAUUUGGGGCUAGGUAACGCUAGCGGGCCCCCCUCUUCGCUGAUUCCAAAAUCAAUCUGUGACGAAAUCACGCAGCUACUGUCAGUGGGCAUUUCGACUGAACAGUCUAAAAUGGCUUCAAAGGAGUUUCCGUUGACCUUUGAGGUCCCUGAUUUUUCUCUUAUGCCUCCCAAGCUAGACGCGUGGAUGAGCCGUCGCUCAAAAGAUAGAGGCGUACUGAAGAUCGUUAAUGCAAAAGAAGAAGCACUGGUCAGGACCCAGUUAAAAAUUAUGGACAUCGGUCCUCCAUUGAUUGACCUUUACUCUAAGCUGUCUGCGGUUGAGGAGGCCGAGACGUCCGGUUUGCGUCGCUCGGUGCAGGCGGCGCUAAAACAGUGGGGUCGGGCAUUUGUUCACGUUUCAAAAAAGCGUCGUGAGUCGAUCGUGAAUAUAACAGACCCAAGAAUCGAAUAUCUCCUGAGGGACGACAGCUGCUUUGCAGCCGGGAAGGAGGCCCGCGAGCUCCUGUUCACCGGCCGUUUUCUGGAGCGGAUGUUGACGGAAGCAAGUCAGGAUGAAACUCUGGCUAGGCGCGACAAAGCGGCAGCAGCCGCAGAUCGCAGAAACCCAGUUCGGUCGACGCGGCGUGACCAACAUUUACCACCACCGGCACGCCAGGCAUUUUAUGGCGAGCGCCAACAAAGUGUUCGUGGCAGUAGACCGAGAGGACGGAGGGGUUUUGGAGAUUCCAGAGGCGGUCGCGGACGCGGGAAUCCCAACCCAAGAAGACGGGGAGCGUGCAAUAAUCAAGAAUAGAAAAGUUCGCCAAUCCCACUACUGUACUGAAAGUUUAUACCCGUGUUUGGAGCCUUUUUCCGGAACGCCCGGUUUUUUUGCCAGAACAGCAUCUUCCACACUUUCUCAGUUGCUGCAGGGGCCAAGGAGUAACCAAUAUGUUGAAAUCCAACAUGCGCCUCUUCCUUAUUUCCCAUUUAACUUAUGAUUUAAUUGAGCUUCCUCACCGCUUAUUUGCAACCAUGUGUAAAUCGCCUUUGUUUGUUGUUUGUUAUCAAUGUGUUGGACGCUAAAAAGUCUGACAAAAAAGGGGCGUUGCGCGGAUGAGGAAAAGGUCUUUAAAGAAGCUAG